GCGGCGGGCGCAGGUUGCGGCGGGGCCGAUUUGAAGCGGGCACAGCGCGGCGGCAGCCGCUGUGGCGGCAUGAGGGAGCUGGAGCCGGGCCUGAAGAUGGAGUGCGACAUCUUGGACGCGCUGGAGGCCCUGGGGUACGCGGGUCCCCUCUUGGAGGAGGAAGCCCUGAACAAAGCAGCACAAAGUGGAUUGUCUUCACCGGAGUUUUUUGACCUCUGUGUUUGGUUAGGUUCCCAAAUAAAGUCACUUGGUGACAUGGAAGAAAGCAUCACAUCAGCAGAUGGUGAUAAAGAUAUAGAGAGUUUCCAGCUUGAGAUUAGUGGCUUCCUGAGAGAAAUGGCUUGCCCAUAUUCAUCACUUGUAUCUGGAGACAUAAAGGACAGAUUGAAAGAGAAAGAAGAUUGCCUUAAACUCCUCUUAUUUCUAAGUACAGAACUUCAAGCUUUAAAGAUACUGCACAGCAAGAAAAGUAAAAGCUCUCAUUUGGAAAAGCACAACGAAAUCAAUCAAGAAGUACAAGCUAUCUGUGAUGCACUGGGCUUACCAAACUCCUCCUCAUCCGAUAUUCCUCCUUUGUUAAACAAUGUGGAACAAAAGAUAAAGGACAUUCUCUCAAAAGUUCAAAAAAACCACGUGGGGAAAUCACUGCUAACAAAACCUCUGAAUUCCGAUCAAGUGGAAAGAUUGGAAAAAAUCAAUGAUGCUCUUCGCAGUGAAUACGAAUGUCGCCGUCGUAUGUUAAUGAAGAGGCUAGAUGUGACAGUGCAGUCUUUUGGCUGGUCUGAUAGAGCAAAGGUAAAAACAGAUGACAUAGCACGAAUCUAUCAGCCCAAGCGCUAUGCGUUAUCUCCAAAGUCAACAGUAACGUUAGCUCACCUUCUUGCUGCUCGAGAGGAUUUAUCAAAGAUCAUAAGAACAAGUAGUGGAUCAACACGAGAGAAUACAGUCUGCGCAAUCAACAAGGUUCUGAUGGGGAGAGUACCUGACCGUGGAGGCAGACCAACAGAGAUUGAACCACCUCCUCCUGAAAUGCCUCCGUGGCAAAAAAGACAGGAAGGUGGUGGAAGAGGUGGCUGGGGAGGUGGAGGUGGGGGUGGGAGGGGUGGCUGGGGUGGGGGAGGGGGUAGAGGAGGAGGUGGGGGUGGCUUUGGGGGUGGGGGUGGCUUUGGAGGUGGGGGUGGUUUUGGGGGUGGGGGUUUCAGAGGUGGUGGAAGAGGUGGAGGUGGUUUCCAAGGUGGCAGGGGGGACUAUGGUGGCAGGGGUGGUUAUGGUGGCAGAGGAGGUUAUGGAGAUCCGUAUGGUGGAAGAGGAGGUGGAGGAUACCGGAGAUACUGAAAGAGUAACAGACGAAAUAUAGUGGUGGUGUUUACUGGUGUCAGGAAUUUAGAUAUGGUACCUUUGGUUUAGAUUAGAUUUAAGUAUGACCAUGUGAAUCAUUGCAUUCGACCAACUGAUGUUGUCAUUGAAUUCUUUUAGUUAACCGAACAGAACUUUUUAUAUUAAAAUAUCAUGACUAGAGUCCUUGCUUUUCGUACUGGUUGUGGCUUUUUUUUAUUAUGUUCAUUUAUUUAAAACAAGUCUCAGAAAACUGAAUAAAAACCUUUUUAAA